UGUCUCAGACUGCGGGUCAGAUGGAAGAGCAGCGGCUGUAAUCUAAUUACCUCCGGAUUUAUCUCACCGUUACACCUUUGUGGGGGGCUUGACCCGGUGAAAGGGUCUGUUUUUUUUUUUCGUGCAGAUUUGACAUCUCUUCUAGCCAAUCUGCGCGUUUGUUUUUCUCGUUUUGUCGGGAGAGACGGGGGAGGAUGCUUGCAACUAUAAGAAACUGAGAACAUCUGUUGUCGCCGUGUCGCGCAGGACGAGGACGUCGCUGCAAAAACGAAAGCCGUCCAGAUGAUGUCAGGAAAGCAUUUCAAGGCUCACGAAGUGAGCUGCUGCAUCAAGUAUUUUAUCUUCGGAUUUAACAUCAUAUUCUGGUUCCUUGGCGUGGCGUUCCUGGCCAUCGGGUUGUGGGCAUGGAAUGAAAAGGGUGUUCUCUCCAACAUCUCAUCCAUCACUGAUCUGGGGGGCUUCGACCCCGUCUGGCUCUUCCUCGUGGUGGGCGGGGUGAUGUUCAUCCUCGGUUUUGCUGGUUGCAUCGGAGCGCUGCGCGAGAACUCUUUCCUGCUCAAGUUUUUUUCCGUCUUCCUGGGUAUCAUCUUCUUUCUGGAGCUGACCGCAGGAGUCCUGGCCUUUGUCUUCAAAGACUGGAUCAAGGAUCAGCUCAACUUUUUCAUUAACAACAACAUUCGGGCUUACAGAGAUGAUAUCGAUCUGCAGAACCUGAUAGACUUCACUCAGGAAUAUUGGGAGUGCUGUGGAGCUUUUGGAGCGGACGACUGGAAUAUGAAUAUCUACUUCAACUGCACCGAUACCAACCCGAGCCGUGAGAAAUGCGGCGUGCCCUUUUCCUGCUGCACCAAAGAUCCAGCGGAGGAUGUGAUUAACACUCAGUGUGGAUACGACAUCCGAGCGAAAGCGGACUCUGAGCAGAGGACCUUCAUCUACAUCAAAGGCUGUGUCCCCCAGUUUGAGAAGUGGCUACAGGACAACCUGACCGUAGUCGCAGGCAUCUUCAUUGGAAUCGCACUAUUGCAGAUUUUUGGGAUUUGUUUGGCGCAGAAUCUCGUGAGCGACAUUGAAGCUGUGAGAGAGAGCUGCUUGUUUACCUAAGACCUCCAGAAAAAACAUUUCAAAGGCAAGAAGGAUGUAUCAGGACUCUGUUUUGGACAACCAACACUGAAGGGAAACAUUUGAUGGUGCUGAUGUGUCCAGUGUGGAAGACUCCCAUUUAUAUGUAAAUAGUAAAUUAAGAAUAACUCUCAGAUUUAAGUGAAGUGCAGCCUCUGGGACGUAGUGUAGCUGUGAUACGACACAGGAUCAACACAUACGGUCAAAUCCAUCACAGAACAUGCAGCUGUGGGGAGGAGCUGUGCAGGGAGGGGAUUUGUGAACGUGAAAAAUGAAAGGAAGGCUUAAAUAUAGCUUUAAGGUAGUGCUUCAUUCAAUAAAAAACAAAAAAAAAAAACAGACGGUUUUAGUUUUCCAAGUUUCACAGCUGCAGUUUUUAACAGCUGCAUGGCAGCAGGGUUGUGCACAUAUGGAGUGAUUCUGGAAAUGCACUGCAUGUCCACUGUCUGCUCAUAGGACAUUGGUUCACCUAAAUAUAUGCCAUACAGUAUUUUAAAAUAUUUGUUUAGUAUUCUCAAGCAAAUUGGCUGAUAAGCACCUUGUUGAAUGUUCGAUGGAAUCUGCUUAAAGCCACAGUGUGAAUAAUAGGGUUUAGAUUGACUGGUAAGAUGGCCACAGACACAGAAUCAGUCAGCAGAGUUUACCUGGGAUUUUUAAAACAGAUGUGAUGGAUGUAGUAAACUUUGGGAAAUUAGUUUGAAAUGUUGAAAUUCACUGAUAUGUAAUCAAAGUUCAGCCUUAAGCACUUUACUCAUCAUAAGGGAGAGGUCGAGCUGGUGGGAGUCGGAGGUGACGCUCCAUCACUGUCAGAGUCUUUGAUAGAAAAUCUCUUUCAGUACAUUUACAGGACAGUUUCUUCCAGUGCAUGUCAAUGGAUGUUUUUAUUUCUCCUCCAUUUUGAGUUUGUUGCCACUUUCUGCCUAUGUUGAUGAACUUUUGUUCAUUUUUCCUGUUUUGACCUCCAAGUUUUCACUGGAAAAUGAAGAUACAAUUGAUUUUUCCUUUUUCCUUUCUUUGUUUUUUUUAUUUUUUUUUAUUUCUGGUUGCUGUUAACAGCAUUGAACAGAGUGUAUAAAAGAUGUACAGCCAACUUUCAUACAGUACUUGAAGCAGGGCGCACCGGCUCUGUCACCAGCAGUUUUAUGUUAACGUUGACAUUAAGCACCAUAAAGCAUUACAUUUUCUGUUUGCCUUUAACGUCACAUCAUCCAAGUACAGGGUUUUAACAUCUUCAGACGAAGCUUAAUCAAACAGAUUAUUACUGCUGUUCACGUAUACAGUAAGUUUAAUAAAGCCAAGAUGGUUUCAGACAGCACUAACAGCACCAUAUGAAUGUUUGAGUUUACUAACAAACACUUUUUCACAUCACCGAGUGCCAUAUUUGCUAUUUCUAUGAACUCCGGAUUAUACCUUUUUUUUCCCCUCUCCAAUAUCUUCUCCUUGUUGUUGUAAAUAACUGGAUAAAGAUGUACAUAUACAGUAUAACUGAAUAAAUGUGGUUCUUUACAGUA